AUGCGUUGCCCUUACGACCCUGCGAUUCUGACAACUCAUACUUCUUACCGUGGGUGCCACCUCGACUCUCUCAGCCACACAACAGCUGGUAAAUUGGUGAUGUGCUUGCUAUCAGAAAGUGCCAGCUUUCUCAGGCUUCCUCGCUGUGGAACAGUGAAAAACCUGAAAUUAGCAAUGUCAUGGUCGACCAGUGCGAGUCGUUCUUCAAGUGGUGGCCGCUCAUAUCCAUGUCCGUCUUUGGACAGUAGGAACGAAGUCCUCGGACAAACCACUUCUUCACUCUCGUGCUCUCGACUGGUCAAAAACAUCAGGGAUGUCCGUGGCGGGAGUACAGCAAGGUUGUUCAUGUCACGUUUUCGAGUCGGCUUGGGAUUGCAAUACUUCAGCAAUUCCCUUCCGAUGCUCCCGUUCCAUGCCAAGACUGUUUUCACAAUCCCUGCUUCAAUAAUGCGUCGAUGAAACUUGCUUACCCGUUGCACCUCGAGCGAAAACCGCACAAUCGGUUUAGGAAGAAAAAGACUUGGAAAUUUGUUGUUUUGAGAAAUGAGCUUCUUGAUUGCAGCCAUGGCGUUUUCUCUGGGACUCAAGGCAUCGGCGACGAGCGCUUCUAUGCUCGGCAGUAGCUUUUGCACUAUAUUUGAAUGCUGACAGUAUGGCUGGAACUUGGUGAGAAUGCGUUCUAGGGGGGUGCUCAUCAUGUUCGUCAUCUUAUCCUGAGUAGUACGAUCACCCCGAGCACAGGACGUAAAUGGCCGAGAGCCAGUCAGGUAUAGACUGUUGUUCCAGAUGUACGGGACACGAGCAUCCCUUUAGAGAGACAGUGGCACAGAAGCGUAUACCCGGCGAAGAGCGAAAGAAAAGAAGAAAAAAAAACGUUUUCGUUUCGCGACGGUGAUCAGAAUUUGCGACGCCACCAGGCAAAACGUUUUGUCUUCCUCAACCUCUGAAACCUCUGAAACAUAAUAUUUGAUUACCUUCUGAGGCGAGGUCUCCAGCGCACAUGUUCAGUUACAACUAGUUGAGUGCCCACUUUUCCUUUUGAAGCCAAAGUCUUCAAUGAAGCAUCUGUGGGGUCCUGUGCGGCUUCACUUGAUUUUCCAUGAUUGGUUUUCAACUUCACGACACCGAAACGAGAACGAUGCGCUACAAGGAAAAGACGCAACGAGUUCAGCCUGCGAGAAGGCUCCAUGGGAAUUUGUGCGAAAUGUCAAGAGGUUAGUGUAUUCUCACUUACUGUCUCAGCGCUCUCCGUUCACCAAAGCGCAUAAUAAUGACUCUAACUGAACCCUUAAUGACUUCUUUUUCUUCCUCCCAGAAACGUGUUCCCGGCUUCGUAUCUGAAAGUGAAAUUUUUUUCUCAUUGUUGUGUGGGUGGUAGGGGAAAGAAGGAGAAGGCAUGUGGGAAGUCGCUCAUUGAUAUCACUAGAUGGGAAGUAUAUCUUACGAAACAGUGCGAAGGGGUUGUUCACUCGAGAAACGGGAUUCGGCAAACAACUUCUCAGAGACGUGCAGAUUGGAAUAAAGCUAUAUCGGCUAUUCUCGAUGGGGAUUUCGACCACAUCCAUCUCCUCCCUCAAGAA